GACAAACGGAGAACAAAAGAGAGAACUACUUCCUGUUGGGUCUGAAACCGUCAUACACUUCUGAUCAAAAUUGACCAUGAAACCUUUGGGCAUGAAAACUACCCUCAGCAUCUCUGAAGACAAACAGGCCAGCCCAGGAUCCAUCCCUCUGGGAGGAGAUGUGUGAUUGGUGGAGGGAGGAGUGAUGGGGAGGGUUUGAAGUGACUGUGUAAAUGGCUGGAUUAGAGGCUGAGAGGUGUACUGAACCACAAACGUCACUCGAUUGUGACGUUUGUGGAGGGGGCCCCUGAGCCACCCCUCGGACAGGGGUCACGGCACACACUGUAGCCUCAGUUCCUCGCCUGCGGUCGGGGGGGGGGCUCAGAAUGUUGGGUCAUUACAGUGGCCUCAGGGUCACUGUUAUCGUUGACAUAGCGACCAUCUGAGGACUUCAAACACGUUGAAACGGUUUGGUCAUGCAGAACCGAGCCCCAUUCAGGGCCCUGGGCUUUGAGCUUUGUUGACGUGUACUAGCGACUGAUAUAAAGCUGAUGGGAGCAACGUUUUCUCAGUUAUAAUGAAGACAGAAAUCAGGUGCCUACUAGACAAAGGAUAUUUAAAGAGCACACAAAUACUAAGGAACUACUAAUCAAACUGGAACUAGGCCCGAUCUAAAACACCAGUAAGGGUGUCUUCCGAUUGGCCGAAAUAGAUGCCGAGCUAAGUGUGUUUACCAUUAAGAUGUUAGCAAGUUAGCAAGUUCACGCAUUUCAGCUGAUCUGGAGACUCAACUUCAAUUUCACCAACCUGCUUAUUGCCACCUACACCAAACCAGCCUUCCAGAACCUGCUCCCAGUCCAACCUCCUUCCAGCCUCUGAACCAGUGGCGGUUCCUUCAUAGGGGCGAUUUGUGCGACGCACUACCAAACACGGAGUUUCUUUUUUUUUUUUUUGUAUCUAGUUGUUAGGGCGGGUGAUUAAUCUGCUGUAUGCAAACUGGUUGUAUAUGUCAUUGUCCAAUCAGAUUAAGGUCGCGCCUGGUGUUGCCAUGCCCAUUUGGGGCGAUUUCUGUCAAGCCCAAAUUUGCACCAGAACUCUCCCAUUGACAUUCAUGGUACGUCCGUUUUUUUCAAAAAUCAUGCUCCCAAUACAUUUUCUAUGAGGGUUUAUGUGCUCGCACAAACGACGUGCUUACGUCAUCUGUCUGUUGCUAACCCGCGGGAACAUGAACAUUCUACGAAGAAGAUGGCGAGUGUCAAGUGCAAUACUGUAGUGUCUCUGAGAGAAGUGCCCUUUAGUCGUCGUACUAAUGCGGAGAAGGAAGCGAUAAAACAGCUAGGACCCCCUAGACCUGAUUUAAACAUCAAGCAAGUGUCAACGAAAGGGGAGAAGGCCUACACACGAUCUUUUAAAAAUAACUGGUACCACAGAAAAACCUGGCUAGCCGGCUGUGAUGUAGCCAAUGCUCUUUUUUGCUACCCCUGCCUUCUCUUCCACCCAGAAAACAACACGGCAGACGGUACAGCGUGGACAAUAAAAGGGGUAACGGAUAUGCAACAUCUGUCUGACAAAGUUAAAAAGCACGAGAAGGCAAAAAACCACAUGGACAGCUGUCUGAAGUUUUCAGCUUUAGGGAGAGUGAACAUUGCUACACAGCUGGAUGAGGGGUAUCGGCUAGCAGUGCUUCGUCACAACGAUGAGGUGAGCAAGAACCGCCACAUACUCAAUCGGCUCAUCCAGUGUGUGAAGUUUUGCGGCAUUUUUGAGCUAGCUUUGCGAGGCAGAGACGAAACCGAGGGCUCCGCCAACCCUGGUAUUUUUCGGGGCCUUGUCGAUUUUGUGGCACAGUUGGAUGAGGUGUUUGAUGAGCACCUGAAAACGGCAAGUGUCUUCAAGGGCACAUCCAAGACGAUUCAAAACGAACUGCUGGGGUGUAUGCUGGGUGUGGUGAAGGAACGGAUUGUCGAGGAGGUGAAGGCUGCGAAGUUUGUAGCCAUCCAGGCUGACGAGACCACCAAUGUCAGCACGCAGACUCAGCUGGUUCUUGUUCUCCGAUACAUCGACGGCAAGUAUGCAGUGCAUGAAAGUUUUUUUGAGUUUCUUCCCCUCACCGAGUCAACGACUGAACAGUCUGUUUUCUGACGACGAGAGAGAGAAACUAAUCGCUCAAGCGUAUGAUGGUGCCAGUGUGAUGAGGGGAGAGAAGGCUGGUGUGCAGUAAAAGGUGCGUGAACACUUCAAAAAUGCACAUUAUGUGCAUUGUUACGCACACCAACUGAACCUGAUCAUGCAGCAAGCUACAUCCAACAUAAGCAAAGUGAAGGUUUUUUUCUCUGAGCUGAGUGGGAUUUCGAGUUUUUUUUCCCGUUCACCCAAGAGGACCAGCAUUCUCGAUCAGGUCAUCGCCCGGAGACUGCCGAGGGCUUCAGCUACAAGAUGGAAUUUCAACAGCAGGAUCGUCAACACUGUCAGUGAGAAUCGAGCCGACCUCAUUGAAUGUUUCGAAACCAUCAAGACAUCAUUUGACCAACCAACAGUGAGAGAGGCAUCUGGGUCCAUCCGAAUGCUGCAAGAUGAAGACUGUACCAGCAACUCCAGCAGAAGGACAUCGAUGCAGUACUCAUCCAGCGGUCCCUCCAGAGGUUCACAAGCAGUGUGCAGGCCAUAAGGGGCUCCCCCUCACUUCAGCAGGUCCAGGGAGAACCAGCUGCCAAACGAUCAAGGACAGCGUUGGGAGAGGAAGAAAAGCAGAGGAUGGCUAAAGAGAUCUGUGACACCAUCUUGGCUCACUGCAAGGAGCGAUUUUCCUUCACCGACCACCUAGUUAGUGCCACCUUACUGCAAGGAGAUCUGUUUGGAAGGUACUGCCAUUCAUUUCCAACCGAAGCGCUGCAUGCCACUGUGAAGGCAUACCCCAUGCUGGAUCAAGCAAAGCUGCACACAGAGCUCUCCCUCAUCUACGAAAUGAGGGAGACCUUGUUCAGCAAAUUGCUGAACAAGGUAGACCUUGUUCAGCAAAUUGCUUAUCACAUGUACCUCAUUUAGUUUCCCUUCAAAUGCCUCCUCAGUUUAUUUGCCAGUGCUCAGUCUUGGGAUUGUCACCUGCUGAUCACUUGACUUGUAAAUUUAUGUUUCUCUUGUACUCUGUUGUCUUUUUCGACUGUGAAUGUUUACACCUUGCUAAGACUGUGACCUUUUUUUAUUUUUGAGAAGAAGCUUACUUGUGGAUGUUGGAUAUUAUUUGAUAUUUUUCCAUUGGAUCUUCUGUGUUGGAUUUUUGUAUUGUGACUUUUUACUGCUACCUACUGAGCAUUUUGAACUGUGGCCAAAUAUUUUGGACAUCCUUCUUUUUGUAUCUUGCUGGUCUACCAUCGUGCCUUUGUUCAAGCACCUUUUUGACUCAGUAAAACAUUUGAACUUGA